ACUCCUCCCUCUUCGCGGACGUCGCGGUCAUCACGUUCUCGCAAGCUGACUGUGAGUGAUCCAAGUCGAUCGAGCCCGAAUCGCGAAAAUCAUGCUGCCGACCGCAAGAAUUGGAGCGUCCGGUCUGACCAGGUCGUCUGGACCUGUCAUUCAGCGAGCCGCAUCAUGGUGGUCCCAGGUGGAAAUGGGUCCUCCCGACGCCAUCCUUGGAGUGACCGAGGCAUUCAAGAAGGACACUAACCCCAAGAAGAUCAACCUCGGAGUUGGAGCUUAUCGUGACGAUAAUGGCAAACCAUUUGUCUUGCCUAGUGUUCUUAAGGCUGAGGAGCAAAUGAGGGCGAAGAAGUUGGACCACGAGUAUGGUCCCAUUGGAGGCACUGCUGAGUUUUGCAAACAUUCUAUCACUCUUGCCCUUGGAGACAGCAACGAGCAUGUUGCCAACGGACUGAACUCCACAGUUCAGGGAAUUUCAGGAACCGGUGCCCUGCGCAUCGGUGGUGCUUUCUUGCAAAAGUUUUUCCCUGGAAACAAGACCGUGUACCUGCCAACACCUUCCUGGGGUAACCACACUCCAAUCUUCAAACACUCUGGAUUAGAUGUUAAACAGUAUAGGUACUACGACCCGAAAACCUGCGGCUUUGACUUCCAGGGCGCUCUUCAAGACAUUGCGAAAAUCCCGGAAAAGUCGGUCAUCCUGCUUCAUGCGUGUGCACACAACCCGACUGGCGUUGACCCUAAGCCAGAACAGUGGGCUGAGAUCUCAAAGGUCGUCAAGGACAAGCAGUUGUUCCCCUUCUUUGACAUGGCCUACCAAGGAUUUGCCUCUGGUGAUGUUAGCAAGGACGCAGCGGCUGUUCGUCUCUUCCUGAAGGACGGCCACCAGAUUGCGUUGGCUCAGUCCUUCGCCAAGAACAUGGGUCUCUAUGGUGAGCGAGCUGGCGCUUUCUCCCUGAUCACCAGCAGCAAGGACGACGCUGACCGCACUCUAUCGCAGCUCAAAAUCAUCAUCAGGCCGAUGUACUCAAACCCCCCGGUUCAUGGUGCCAGAAUCGUGUCCGAAAUUCUUGGAGACGCCAACCUCAAGUCUAUUUGGUUGAAGGACGUGAAAGAAAUGGCCGAACGCAUCAUCUCAAUGCGUACAAUGCUGCGUGACAACCUUGCCAAGGAGGGCUCAAGCCGCAACUGGCAGCACAUCACCGACCAGAUCGGUAUGUUCUGCUUCACCGGCAUGAACCCCGCUCAGGUGGAGCAGCUGACCUCGAAGUACAGUGUGUACCUGACAAAAGACGGCCGCAUUUCCAUCGCCGGAGUCACCUCGCAGAACGUGGGCUACCUUGCGCACGCCAUGCACCAGGUCACCAAGUAAGAAGUAAGCUCCCACCAUUUUCUCCUGGGAAAAAACAGCAUCUUAUCGCCACACGUCGAUUUCAAGCCUGACGUCUUUUGCAAAACGCAAAUUUUAGAAAAAGUAUUUUUCCAAAUUUUUAUUUCCAAAGAUUAUGUUUUGAUAGAAAAAACCCGUACAUGCCGCAGGUGGCAAAACAUUAAGUUAUAUAGUAAAUAAAUCAUUGUUGAUUUUCUUGUUUUAAUAUGUUCAUCGAAUAGGGAUAGGAGAAAUGUAUCCAUCUGGCUUAUUGUUAGAUCAAACUGCGCGCUUUUAAUUUGAUUAAUUUAUGUCACCAGUCGCUUUGCCAACUGAGAAUUCAGUGUAAUAAAAAACACCGUUCAUCUCAAA